AUGGGAGCAGCACGUGUCAAAAGACGCUUUAGCGCCGUGGUGGACAGCCCUCUGGAGGAAGAGGAAGUGAUGAAACUGGCCCAGAGUGCCGCUGAAACCGCCGGGGCGGGGUGCGGCUCGGGGAGUCCGGUGACCCCCACCAGCCCGAUCCCGACCUGGAACGGCAAAGCGCUCACUGUGCAGGGGAACGGGAGUGGGAGUGGUGGAGGAGCAGCGGGAGCUGCAGGAGCAGGAGCAGGAGGAGGGAGCAGAGGAGGACGAUCGGGGCUGAGGGGGCUAGGGGGAACGGAGGGCGGCUGCUCCUCCCCGGACAGGGACUCCGCCUCCCAUUCCCCCUCCCCCCCCAGCCGCCGCCGCCGGCCCCGCAGCCGCUUUGUGGGCAAGGACGGGCGCUGCAACGUCACCUUCGUCAACAUGAGCGAGAGGGGCCAGCGCUACCUCACCGACCUCUUCACCACCUGCGUGGACAUCCGCUGGCGCUGGAUGUUCGUGGUCUUCUCCCUCUCCUUCCUCCUCUCCUGGCUGCUCUUCGGAUUCACCUUCUGGCUCAUUGCCUCCGCCCACGGGGACCUCUCUGCCUCCUCAGGCUCCGCCCCCACGCAGUCGGCCGCCGCCCCGGCCGAAGCGGGUGGGGCGGAGUCCAGGGGGCGGCCGGUCGAGGAGCCCUGUUUCCAGCAAGUGAACAGUUUCAUGGCAGCCUUCCUCUUCUCCCUGGAGACACAGACUUCCAUCGGCUAUGGCUUUCGCAGCGUGACGGAGGCGUGCCCCCUGGCGGUGUUGGCGGUCGUGUUGCAGUGCAUUGUGGGCUGCAUCAUUGACGCCUUCAUCAUUGGGGCGGUCAUGGCCAAGAUCGCCAAGCCCAAGAAGCGCAAUGAGACGCUGGUGUUCUCUGACACGGCAGUGGUGGCCCUGCGUGAUGGCAAGCUCUGCAUGAUGUGGCGGGUGGGAAACCUACGGAAGAGCCACCUGGUAGAGGCCCACGUCCGCGCCCAGCUGCUCAAGCCAAGGGUGACCACAGAGGGAGAGUACCUUCCCCUGGACAACGUGGACAUCAACGUGGGCUUCGACACGGGCACGGACCGCAUCUUCCUGGUGUCGCCCGUAACCAUCGUGCACAAGAUCGACGAGGAGAGCCCGUUCUUCGAGAUAGACCGGCAGGCGCUGGAGGGCGACUCGGAGCUGGAGGUGGUGGUCAUCCUGGAGGGGAUGGUGGAAGCCACCGCCAUGACCACGCAGUGUCGCAGCUCCUACCUGGCCUCCGAGAUCCUGUGGGGCCACCGCUUCGAGCCGGUCCUCUUCGAGAAGAAGAACUGCUACCAGGUGGACUACUCCUUCUUCCAUCGCACGUACGAGAUCCCCAGCACCCCCACCUGCAGUGCAAAGGAGCUGGCGGAGAGGAAGUACAUCCUGGGCUCGCGCUCCUCCUUCUGUUACGAGAACGAAGUCGCACUGCAGCUCUCCUCCCCGGGUGACCAGUCUCCCUCCCCGUCCGACCCCCGCGCCGAGCUCACACACCCUCACACACAAUGA